UUCGAACACCAAAUUUCAAUAUAUCGUCCAGUUCACUCCAAAAACAUUGGCUUUUAACAAUGGAACCAUCAACUUUACCGGCGGAGUUUGUGGAUGAAAUAGACACUAUCCACCGCAAAAGGUGGCAGACGCUGAUGGCAGUUGAUGACAUGGUAGGCAACAUUAUCAACGUGCUGGAGGAAAAACAAUUGUUGCGGAAAACGUACAUUUUCUACACUUCCGACAAUGGGUUUCAUCUAGGACAAUUCUCGCAAGCGUAUGACAAACGACAACCGUAUGAAACAGAUAUUAGGGUCCCUCUACUCGUAAGAGGCCCUUCUAUUAGUGCAAAAAGUGUGCAUGAGUCGGCAGUCGCGUUAAUAGACAUCGUUCCAACGAUUCUUCAACUGGCCAAUGUAGAUGUUCCCUACUCUAUAGAUGGUCGACCAUUGCCACUGAGUAGCGACCGAACGGAUAUAAUUGAACGACAAAUUUUAGUUGAAUACUGGGGUGAAGGGACCGUGGAAACGUAUAACCCACUGUGUCCGUGGUCAGCGGAGGAUAGGCUUCAAUUAUGCACCGUAGAUGCGGCGUGCCACUGCCAGGAUGCCUGGAACAAUACAUUCACCUGUGUUCGCCAUCUAGCACAUGAUGUGAAUUUCAUUUACUGCGAGUUUAAGGAUGAUCAGAAUUUCGUUGAAGCUUACGAUAUUUCAAAUGACCUGUACCAGAUGGAUAACAUUGGGUAUGAAAUUCUACCAUCUGUUCGAGCAAAGUACAGCUUAGCACUACAAAAUCUUUCCGCAUGUGUUGGACCAACGUGUCAUUUAGUUUACUGA